AUGCAACCACCAAUUAAUUCAAAUAACCAGCAGCAACGACAAUCCCAACAACAACAAUCAGCACCACCUUCAAAUUAUAUGGUUCGACAUAAUUCAUUUUCUCAAUCUAUACCACAUCAACAAUUAGUUUAUUCAAUCCCACCAAAUAAUCCACAACCUGUUGCAAUACAUCCAUAUCAACAAUAUCAACAACAAUUAUUAGCUCAACAACAACAGCAACAUCAACAAAAUCAACAACAACAACAGCAGCAACAACAACAACAACAACAUUAUUAUGACCCAAAUGCUUAUAUGAUGCAAAAUAUUACUUCAAAUUAUCUGCAACUACAACAACAACAACCCAUGGUUCAACAACAAAUGAGAACAACCAUGCCUCACCAAAAUCUUUAUUAUUCAAAUAAUAAUGUCCCUACCACAACAAAUAAUAAUAAAGAUCAAGUUUCAAAAUCUAAAACAUCAAAUACAAGAUCAGUACCUUCAUUAGUUACAUCACCCACAGAAGAUAUAUUAAUUAAUCAAAUAAUUCAUCCAAAUUUUCCAGAAAGAUUACAAAAGGUUUUACCACCUCCUCCAUUAUCUAAGGCUCCGAUAAGACCUGAUAUAACAAUAAGUAAUACAGCAAAGAGAGCGAAAAGAAAAUCAAAAUUUAGUCAAGAACAAGAUGAUUUAAUUGUAAAUUUAAAAAGGAAAGGAAAAAAUUGGGUUGAAAUUGCUGAAAUAACUGGUGUUGGUUCUUAUUUAGCUGCUAGAAAUAGAUAUCAAGUUAUAGUUGGACAACAAGGUAAUAAUAAUUCAAGUGCAUGGGAUAAUAAUGAUAAAAUAUUUUUAAGAAAUUUAUUGGAUUCAGCAGAAUUUGAAAAAUGGAAAUAUAUUACAAUGGAAUUAAAUAAAUCAACUUCUAAAAAUUUUACAGAUUAUGAAGUUAGAGAAAUGAUAAGAGAAUUAUUUUGGAAUAAUCCUGCUAGUUUUGGAGUUAGUGAAGAACUGAUAAAAGAAACUGAAAAAGAGAAAAAACAAACUGAAAAAAUUUUAGAACAACGUGAACAACAAAGAAGGAAAAAAGCUGGUGGAAGUGGUGGUGGAAGUGGAUCAGUUUCGAGUGUAACGUCAGGACGUAAUGAACAUGAUGAUGAAGAGGAUGAUGAUGAAGGAAGUGGUAAUGAUGAAAGAAAUAAUCAUAAUAAAAAAAUAAGAAAUAGUAAUGGAAGUAAUGGUGGUGAUUAUAAUGGUGAUACUUUAAGUUAUUAUUAA